GACUGUAGUUUUGUAAAGCCAUUAUGGCGGCAUACGUCAAUAGGCUACGGAAUAGUAUCAGGGCCUUCCUCAAGCACCAUUAUGGCCAUCUACACUACAAGCUAGGUCAAUUUAUGAGGACCCUCGCGGAACUCAAAGAGGACAACCCCGGAAUGCUGGCUAUUAUAAUGACGAUUCUCACGGUACUUGUUAUAAAUUUCCUAUUUAUCGCGUGGUUGGUGAGUAAAUUUAUUCCUCUCUGGCUUACUCUACUGCUACAGCUCGUUGCCCUAUGGGGCAUCGUCAAGUUUGUGGCAUUAACUGCGGUUUUCCCAGGCGGUAACUUCUUGUGGAGGCGGAGGAUCGAGGGUCUAUAUUGUGAACAAUUUGCUGAUCAGUGUACCUCCUACUUUGAUGACCUUCGGGCCUUCCUGGACAACCGGUGUUCUCGACCGGAGCAAGCUCAAGGCCCCCAAGCCGCAGUCUUCAUGGUCGAGGGUCUGCUGCGGAAUUAUGACGACCAGAGCAAGAUCCUAGGGGUGGUCCUUACAGAAAACCAGCGAGAGCUACGGGACUCACUCGAGGAGCUGCAUCACUGGAUGAAGGCGACUAAGCUCGACUUGGGCGGGCUGAAAAAGAUGUCCUUCCGAGAUUACAUGUGCCGUGGAGAGUUUUCCCACCAUUGGGUGCAGUUCGAUAAAUCCAAGCACAAGCUGGAAGUCCCAAUGAAGGCCCUUCUGGAAUGCGACAAGUUACUCGGGGAGGACGAGUCGAACGGUCUGGUUCAGAAUUUCCGCAACUUUUGUCGCCCUCAAAUCCUCGGCAGUCUGCAUCAUUUGAAGAGCGAGCUCAUCAACAGGUACGGCGCAAGAGCUUUCACUGUCGACCGCUUGGAUGGAGUCUACGUGCCGUCUUAUCGUCAACAGAGUCUUCCUGCUGACAACCCGGAGUCUGGAGGGUCCCUAUUGGAGACUAAGGUCAUCGUUUGGUGCAAUCCUAAUGCUGCUUACUACGAGUGUGCGGUAUACCAGUCGGAAUGGCUCGAAUUUUACCUUGGCCUUGGCUACGGUAUCAUCCUAUGGAACUAUAGGGGUUUUGGUGACUCCAAAGGUUUCUGCACGCCUGGGUGUCUGUACACCGACAGUGAGGCUAUCAUGCAGUGGGUGGCGGCUCAAGGGGCUAAGAGAGGCCAUGACUUUGUCCAGAGGGUUGGGGUCCAUGGGAGGUCUGUUGGAGGAGUAACGGCAUGUCAUCUGGGCAAAGUUUACGACCGUCCACGACCCGGCCUGAGACUGGACUUCGUCGUGGCCGACAGGACCUUUCGAACCCUCGAGGCUACCGCUCGGUCAACGGUGGGCCACUGGGCCGCAUUAGCGUUGCGUCUCACCGGGAUUGCUGCUGAUAACGUUGGCACCUUCCUCUCGAUCCGCAACACUCCGAAGAUCCUCAUGUGUGACCCCCAAGACACCAUUAUUCCCGAGGAUGCCAAUCUACGGACAGGCGCUGCGGCUAGGUUGGUGGCAUCAUUGGCCCUAGCCUAUCUCCCACGCUUCCUGUCCCUCAUCGGCGUCAUUGCAGACGGCGGGGAUGGCGAUAGCAGUAGUAUCGAGGAGCUCCUCUUCAUCCUCGGCUUAUCAAGGGAUGCCCAGGCCAGCAGCCUGGGCCCCCAUUCUCGGUCGGACAGCACAUCCUCAGAAGCUCCGGCCUCCCAUCCGCGGGUCGAGGUCCGUGCGAACGGUCGGUAUAUAGAGCUCCAGGAGCUCGGGGCGAGCGCUACUAGCAGCGAUGGGUCACCCGCAAGCGUCCGUUCCCACGGAGGGCCGGCGAUGGACGCUCCUGGCUCUCCUCAGCUGGUCGAGCAUGGCCGAUCUAUCGAGAUGUCCAGUGUCGAGCCUGUCGACACCCCAGCCCUCGAUACCUACUCAAUAGAAGAGCUCAUCACCAGCAUUGCGCCCUAUCUGGCUGACCUCAAGCGCUUGUUCGAUCUCAUACAGACCAAACUCGAGGCCGGAGGGCAGCCCCUAGCGGACGUCGGUACCAAGGACCUCCCCGACUACCGAGGCGUCUCAGUAGAGCACUGGCCGCUAACUGAGUGGAUCGACAAGAUGCAGGUGUGGGGUAGUGUGGUACCCAUUGAGGAGGAUGCGUUCACCUCAAGAUUCAGAGCUUGCCCUCAUUACCCCCGUGUGGCCCAAGAAUACGCUAAGGAGACAUCGCGGAUUAGCCAAGCCUUGUACGGCGACACUGGAGUUGACGCGAUGAGCAUCGACCCCUUCGCCCUCCUGCGGUGGCAUAGGCUGCAGUCGAACUUGUCCGUAUCCACAUUUGCCGACCACUUCUCGUACACACUGUCGAAGAUGCGGUCAGCAGUGGAAGCAGCUCAGAGUGCUUCGGGCCGCACCCCAGCCCCAGUGAUGGCGGCUCUGUGGGCAGCGGUGUCCAUUGACAACUUCCUGCGGGAGUUGAGGCACGGCUUUGAUCGUGAGAAGUGCUCUAACGUGACGGAUGCUGUGACCAGUCCUUCCGCUACUUCUUACACCAUGUGUUCCUGCGUCUGCUCGGACCCUGAGGUUGUCUUGUCUCCGGACCACCACAGCCUAGCAGUCUAUGAUUUCCCUAUGAAGACGGGCGAUUGCUGGUGUGUACAUGUCCACUGUGGACACAAUGAGGCAUUAUCCAAAGUUGAAGAGAGGGAGCUCAGGAUGCACAUAAGAUACGCCUUAUCGAUCACCGCCGCGGACGAUGAGCACCAGGCCGGGUCGGCUCUGGCGGAGUUCGCUCGCUACCAUCUCACCUUCCACAGCUUCCCCUCGGUAGACCCCUUAGCAGUGGACAGGGACAUGCGAGGUGUCAUAUCUAAAGUGGACACUAGAACGACGCCUGUGGGCAGCGCAGAGAUGUUGGCUGAACUGUAUGGAAAGGAGAUGCCUAGGACAGCAGUAGCGGCUGGACUCACUGAUGAUGGAGAUGAGUUCAUAUUGCCGUCAAUACUGUCAUUGCUGCUGAGCUUAUCUGGGGACCCCUGUGGGGUGGAGCGUUCCGUAGUGAAUCGAGUUACUCAGGAGCUACAACAUGAGCGUGCCGAGAAUGCUGCUCGCUACGACCACCUCGGGCGUCUGCGAGAAGGACUAGAGGGGAAGCGCAUGCUUGAAGCCAUUGUGAAGGCCAGUGUUGAGACCGGUUGGGAGCUGGCCAUGGCCGCCUGUGACUCCAGUUCUGAUGAGGAGCAUCUCGACAAGAGCAUAUCGACCCACUCUGGAGGGUCGACCCCUCCGCCCUUCGACCUGCCUGUCCUCGAUCCGCUUUGGGCGAGGGCUGGCGUGGUGCCUGUCGUCGAGGAGGAAUCCAUAAAGUGUGCGGAUGACCUCACUCGGGAAUGUUGGUCAUCCCUGCUCACUGUGGAGUCGACGGGCCAUCUUCCAGAAGAUCUCCUGGUUGCCAACGCCGACAUCAUAGCAGCCAUUGUCUCUUCGGACCACGGUCGUAGGCGCCCUCUCAUCGUUAGUGAACGCUUCGUAGUCGAAGAGGUCUUCACGGCAUGCUAUGCCCUGUGCACAUCCCCUGUAGAGGAGGGCUCCAUCGUUUGCCUCAAUACCCUAUUCUACAUCUCUGAAGGGGUCGUCAGUGUCCACGCAGCGAUCACUAGAGGGGAUCGUGUUGCUUGUGCCCACCUAUCCCCAAGGGCCCUCACAUCGGCAUUGGCCAGCGUCGCCAGGAUCAUGACCGACCUCCUGGCUCUGACUACAUUGGAGUACCUUCCUCCUCGGUACGACCAUCGUCGAUCCUUCUUGAGCGUCCAAGCUGAGGUCAACUCCCUCGUCCAGGAGUUCGUAGGAGGGUUGGAAGCGAUGGAGGAGGAGUACUCAGUCUCGGAGGUGGCGUGCAGUCUGGUGGCCAUCACAUGUGCUCUAAGGCGGCUAGCGAGACCUGUCAAUAGGGCGGCCCUUGCCCUCAGUGGUCAGGGCCUCCUGAUCACUUGCCUGUGGUACCGUCGCCGUGCGGGUUGCAAGGUCGCUGACAGGCUCUACCAGGCCUACACGGACCCGCUCCUUUCGGCUGCCCGAUCUCUGGCCUGCAAGGGCACGAUACUCGGUGACCAUCUAAACGGCACCAAGGAGAUGGUCACUGUCCUCGAGACCAUCGCAGCAGACCCUGGCCAUCCACUUCAAGUGAUCAUGACGAGAACUUUGAGCAUUCACUCCUCCGUGCCCACAGGGUGGGCCGUACAAGGCUACGAUGAUUGUGCGAAACUCAUGGGCCUUUCCAGCGAGACUAGACUUUUGCUAGAGCACCGCCUUGCCUCUCGGUCAGCUGGCAGUCACGCCGUUCGAGACCUCCUCAGUCGAGGAGGAGGCGACGAGCCGCCGUUGAACGCCAUUUUCAAGGCCUUACUGAUGGUGUGCAUGGCAUUCGACGAACAUGUCCAGGAAUGGCUAGGGGAUCCUGGCCCUCGAGGUCCCGUCUGGGCUUCCCGAUACCACGCCUGGGUGAAGCCGCAUGUGAUGGACGUUACUGGCGUUGACAUCGACAUUGACGCUCUCGGCGGUACCGGAGUGCGGCUGCCUACGCUAACCUCCCAGCAGGCCGCCGUUCUGACCCCUCUGGCCCUACAGUUCUACUCUAAAGUGUUUGAUGUGAUGAAAGCGCUGUAUGAGGCCCAGGCUUGCAUCGUGACCAAACCUCGAUGCCCUCACUCUGGUGUACUCAAACACCUCUUUGCCGUGCGAGCAGAGCUCCUUCAUUUCGUCCGAACCCUUGAGUGCUAUCUAAAGCAGUCGGUGAUCGAGCCAGAAUCGCGUCGCUUCGCCUCCCUAGCAGCCGACGUGGACAGCCUAGAGGCCCUCAGCCACCUACAUUUCCACGACUACCUACAUGGCAGACUGGCCCGGUCCUUGUUCAUGUCCCCUCGGACUGCGGUCGUUCGUGAUGCGCUGCUGGCAAUGCUCCUCGUGUGCAAGAGCUAUCGAGCUAUUGCGGAGAAGGCCGCGCACCUUUCCCCUCCUAGUGAGGGCCUCGAGCCUAUGGUUCAUACAGAUACCGACUCGGUCCAAGAAGGGACAUGCGACUCUGUCUCGUCGUUCGACGCGUCCGCGAUCCGAUACAACUGCUAUCAGAACUCACAGACCUACGCCGGAGCUUCAAAUCGAGCUGUCGUGGCCUCCUAA